CCUUGGGUGAUUUAAUUUGAUCAAUAUCUCUAUCAUCGACAAUGGUUAUUGAUUUAUCGUGCAGUUUAAUGGAGGUUUAGAUUGAAUCCUAUUGUAUUUUAAUACAAUACUUAGGUUGUAACGGUACCGUGUGUAUGAUAUAUAUAAGGACUUCUCCCUAAUCAACUACCGUCCCUAAACACUACAGUGUUGCGUAUAAAACACUUUCGUCAUCUUCCUGUUCGUACACGUGUGACGCAAGACAACGCCAGUGUUGCUGUAUACGCAAUACAUUAACUUCUAUAAAUAGACACACGUGAUGUAACGUACGGUGUGUUAGGGAAAACCCAGACAGUAUUGUUGUCUGUAAACAUUCAAGAGAGAAAUUUAAAUAUACAAAAAAAAAAAAAAAUGAAAUGAAGUGAAUCUGAGGAAAAUACAAAGAAGGAUGGUAAUUGAGUGUUCCUGCGGAAACGACCAGACAGAGGAUCUCCACGACUACGGACAAUCAGGUGUGUUUUGCAAACGUUGUAAAACAGAAUGGCUAUCCGAUGAAUCUACCAACCCAGGCCCGAAUUCUGUAAGAAAUGACCUAGGAGUGCCACGUCUUCGGGUAUACAGAUCUCGACAUGUUUGUCGGUAUGGGCUACAUGAAAACAAUGUUCUGCUUGUACAGAGUUCGCGUAGGCGUAUAUUUGACCUCAGUGAGCUGGAUGUCGGGGACCACAUCGCGUUCAGCCGUCCUUAUGUUGUAUGGCACCAUUGCAUCGUGACUCGGGUUGAUGCCAACGACAGUACGCUCCAGGUCAUCAACUGGCAGACGGAUAACGGCAGCAUACGUAUCAAAGAGCAACUCCUCGACGUUUCUAAGGAAUACGGAGAUCUGUACAAGAUCGACUACACCCGAGAUGUACAGGUGUCUAACCCUUCACGUCUCGUAAUAGCUAGAGCCAGAUCGAGGCUGAUGGAAACGGGUUAUCACAUAUUCCAUGACAAUUGCGAGUCAUUCGCUACAUUUUGCAAAACGGGCAUCAGCAAAAGUCACCAGUAUAUUUGGCUGGUCGCUAAGGCUUGGGAGUGGCUGAUACACGUUAACGUAACGGUAAUCAAGACAGGUUUAUCUAUUCUGGCCAGGCUUGCCUCCAAAGCUGUUGGACCAGUAGUGGUUGUGAUUGUCGAAUGUCUCAUUCUUUCUUCGGAUAUCGCAAAGGCGUACAGGGAGCGAAGAAAUGGCAAUUUGUCUCGUAACGAGUACGCAAAAGUCGCCAUUAGGCGAAUGGUAGAAGGAAUCGUAACAGUGGCUUUAACGAUAGGCGGAAUAUUUGUGGCUAUAACCAUUUGUCAUACCGGGAUCAUCAUACCCUGCUUAGUGGCAGGCGCUUGUGGAAUGAUUGGGAUGACCUGCGGCAAAGUUGGCGGUACCUUCCUCGGAAACUUCAUCGGAAGGGCAAUAACCACGUGCUUCAAGACGGAUGACAGAGUGGUGGACAAAAUAACUGACCUGGUACCAGGAGAUCACGUGGUCAUGUCAAGGACGGCUUUACAUCCACGUUGCCAUGGUAUUCUGGUUGAACACGACUGCCAUGCAAACAUCAGGAUAAUUCGGAACACGUUCAAAUACGGCGUUGUAGACGAAUGGUUGCCUUUUGAAAAACCACUAUAUCUGGUGACGCACAUAAAGGAAAAAUGCUUUCCGAAUGAGACGGUGGUCAGAAGAGCAAAAGGUCAGUUAGGGGCAAGGCGUUAUAACAUUGCUACUCACAAUUGUAAGACUUUUGCAAAUUGGUGCAAAAGACGUCAUUAAAAACACACAACGGUGAUUUAAUUGAAGCACCUUCGUAUAAGGGAUGCAUUGUGGGAGCCAAGCUUUCCUCCGUGUCUACUUGGAAGGAAAAAAACAUUUUUGAAUCCCUUCUGACUUGUUGAACACACAUGUUAUUGGCCUGAUUGCUAUGGUCAGUCGCUCUGAAUGUCCCCACUAUAUAUUGGUACCAUGUAUAACGGUAAUGCACUAUUUACGAUAGGUAUCAAUACAUGUAGGAAGAGUGGAAUGUUUUUUAUUCUACUUUGGGGGUUACUGUCAAUUUCACCAACAGACGUGAGCUCCACAAAUAAUGCUGUUAGAAUAGUGGGAUAUGUACUUCUCCAUGUAUUCGUUAAGCCUCUAGCUAUGGAUGAUGUCACUUUUAAACCACCAAAUAAGUGUAUGUCGAAAAGCGCUCCAAGUGUUCCCGCGAGAUGAAAAUGUAAAAAGUGGGUAACAGAAACUUAAAAAAAGAAAGAGACAUAUAUUUUUGGAGGAAACGGAGAUUGCGUUUGUGUAGUUAUAACAGGUUAGUGAUAGAUAUAAUUUUGUCCACUAUGUCUGGUCUUGUUGUAGUGUCUUGUCCUCCUUUCGUAUAGGAGCUGUCCAGGGAUCCUGGAGAGUGAUUGGUAUAUCAUAUAUGGAUUAAAAAGUCAUAAAAAACACUAUUUGGGUUGGUCCAUUAAAAUUCACGAUAUGGGAGUUAAGUAUUGCGUGCAAAGGGCGACGACUCCCACCGAGAGGAAGAGUCACCUGACAAUGUCUUAUUUAGGUCUCCCAAACCUUCUGUUUGGAAAUUUGUGAUUAUCGUUUUGUUUGGUUUAAGAAAUUUAGUGAUGUGACAUUACGUGAACCCAGGGUUCCUUUAAAAAACGCCAUGUUUCUUUAAUUGCGCAACGUAGAUCAAGGGAUUAAGACAGUUGUUUAAACGUCUAUACCCUUUCCCAUACAUUCACAAUACAGUAUAUGAUAACCAAGGAAACGGGCAUGCUAUUAAAUUGAACAGUAUUUGAAAUCUAUUGCUGGAUUUGAUGACUUUUUGCAUGUGUAUAAAAGUGUUGUGUGUUCAGUUGUGAAUUUCCAAAAUAAAUAGCUUUUAUUUAAAAUACUUGAUAUUUGAGCAUCAUAUAUUUAUUAACAACAUUGUACCGGAAGUCUCCGUUGGGAGUCGUUUUUGUUUGUCUACAUUGGACGAAAUAAUUUAUAAGAUUGUUGAUUUUUAGAAUGCUUAACAAAAUAUUUCAGUGUUAAAUAGGUUUAAAGUAAUACAAAUUAUCAUAAGUUAAUUUUUCGUUUUCAUUCCCAAUGCCGUUUCCAUUCGGAUAAUUUCUAUAUAUUACCCACCGUUGAAAUCAUAGGGUUUCGCUCUCAAAACGACACCAUUUUUUUGCCUCAAUGAAGAUUUAUUUAUCUAUAGCGCCACCAUUGGAUUUAUACAUAUCGCCCAGCUAUGGAUUAAACGUGACUGUGGGGAAAUGUUCAAAAUAGUACUGCUGUUGAACUUUUGGCUGAAAAUGUAACAAUCACAUUUGUUUCUAAUUUAUUUAUUUGAUGUUCAGUUAUCUGUUUUAUGAAUAUGUUGCAAUUUUUAUAUGUUUGUUAAUGAAUAAAUGACUUCU